AUGCCUGAAUUGGACGUGGAGGAUUGGCGGACAAACACGGUGUACCGGAAGUACAACGCCUCCUCCAAACAGGUCAUCUGGUUCUGGCAGUUUGUACACAGUUUGGACAAAGAGCAGCGAGCCCGUCUACUGCAAUUCAUCACCGGCACCUGCCACAUUCCCUUGGGCGGAUUCGGCGAACUAAUGGGUGAGUCUCUCGUUCCCUAUCAAGCAUGUUGCAUUGAAACGGAGCCACCCAGUCGCCUCUACAAGUGCCAUCUUAUUGCCUUCUUUUGUGCUAUUUGUUGA